UAUGACAUCAGCAGAGGGCUCAGCGGGCUCAGCAGGCGAGGUGUUGGGUGUCGAGUCUCUGUUGGUGAAACCGGACCUCCGCUCCGUUAUCCACGGUUGAUCUCAGAGCCUCCACCUGGCUCAACGUCAGUCUGUCUGCAGUUUGUGAUCAUUAUUGGGGUUCAGUUUGUUGUCUGUUUGUGUAUUAUUAUUAUCUCUGCUCAGCUGUUCACAACGUGGCGUAACGUCCAGAUAUUUUCAGCGUCUCCAGUGAGGGUGAGCGAUCAAAUAGUAUAAAGUGAUUUUAUGUUGUGUUAUUAAUAUACAGCCACUGACUGACCACUGUACCGCCCACAAAUGCAUAGAUUGAAGUCUGGCAAGAUAGAUUCUUGCAUAAUCUAAUGCUAAUCAUGGCCUAUCAGAGUUACUGUAAUGAUCCUCUAGCUUUUUGCAUUUAUUUUAAUAUAAAUAUUCACCUGUUGAUCUCUAAGGAUAUUGGGAAGUUCAGUUAGGAAGCAUUUGAUGAAUAAAAGAGGAGCUCAAAUAGACCAGAAUUUGAAGCUGAAUCAAGCUGAAAGAAAUCUCUCCUCAUGAAGUUCAUGUCUGUUCUCUGGUGGGUUCUCAAAGGGAGUUCUGGGGAAUGUAGGAAAUCUCUAAAAUCAUUGAGUAGUUGUUGUUUCACUUUCUCUUCAAGUUGUCCAAUUUGGGGUCCUGGGCCCUUAAGGGGUCUUUGAGGAGUAUUUUAAUGUGACUAUAAGGCGCGUGCUCAGUAAUAAAACAGUGGUCAGAGGUCUGUUACUUCCUCACCUACUGCACAGACUGUAACGACUCUCAGAGGAGGGGUGAGAAAGUUUUGGAGCGCAGGUCUAGACGCGCGCACCUGCGCUCCUGCUCAUGCGUCUUUUACUUGAAGUGAGGGUCCAAAGGACAGAGUGAGCGCGCGCCAGCCCCUGACAGUCUCGUGGCUCGGUGUCUGUCUGUCCUCUUGGCUGACAGCCUCGGCUGACAAUAAACAGAUGAAGGCGGCCGCGGGGCCUGUGCCACCCCGAUGGGAGGAGAGGACGGAGCGGAGGGCAGGUCCAGCAGGGCGCGGUCUUCUUCUUCUCCCGCGGCACCUCAUCUGUACUGUAGUAGGAUCUCUUCCAUUUCUGCCAACAGCCCUGCGCCACAGGGACGCAUUGAGAACAAACCCAAGAGGCAGAAACCGCUGCGGGGACACCCUUUGACCGCCGUGCCCAACAGGCGCAGACAGACUACGCAGCGCGCGCCUCCGUGUCUGUCUGUAGACCUUUUUCUCACAGCUUCGACACCGAGAGAGGCUUUGAACCUGUCUGCCAAGAUAAACUCACCUCGCCUAUUUAUGCCCCUGCCUCCGCGUGCACUCGGGACAGGAGAGUGUCGGCAGCUCAGAGGACAGGUUCAGGUCGUUCCAGCUCGUCUCCACCAGCGCACUGGCCACUUUUACGCACCGGGAAUGGCCACUUUUGGGGACCCGGGAGUGAGUCCUGCUCCGUUACCUCCACUCUAAAUUUAUAUUGGGGAACCCACACGGGGGAGGGGGGAGGGGGGGACACACAUCAAAAGAAAUACAGCGGUGACAGUUUGGCCACCCGCCGGGGGGUUACAUACCGGCCCCGGGGCGGAAUGCUGCUCCCGACGCUGGUGACGUGCCUCGCCGGGUGCGCCUUUCUCCUCUUGCCGGUGUGCGAGGGUUGCGGACCGGGUAGAGGCCAUGGCAAGAGGCGGUCACCGCGGAAGCUGGCGCCGCUCGCCUACAAGCAGUUCAGCCCCAACGUGGCCGAGAAGACUUUAGGGGCCAGCGGGAGAUACGAAGGAAAAAUAACCCGGAACUCUGAGCGCUUCAAGGAGCUCACCCCGAACUACAACCCCGACAUCAUCUUCAAGGAUGAGGAAAACACAGGUGCAGACCGCAUGAUGACACAGCGCUGCAAAGACAAGCUGAACUCUCUGGCCAUCUCGGUGAUGAACCUGUGGCCCGGGGUCCGGCUGCGAGUCACUGAGGGCUGGGACGAGGACGGCCACCACUCGGAGGAGUCGCUGCACUAUGAGGGCCGGGCGGUGGACAUCACCACGUCGGACCGAGACAGGAACAAGUACGCCAUGCUGGCUCGACUGGCGGUGGAGGCCGGGUUUGACUGGGUCUACUACGAGUCCAAAGCCCACAUCCACUGCAGCGUCAAGUCAGACCACUCAGUGGCGGCUAAAUCUGGAGGUUGUUUUCCCGGCGAGGCCUCGGUCAGGUUGGAGGGCGGUGGUCAGAAGUCCAUCAGUGACCUGCAACCUGGUGAGCGAGUCCUGGCCUCGGCGGGCACCGACGGCAGCGGGGAACUGGUCUACAGCGAAGUCCUGGUCUUCCUGGACCGUGACCCUGCGGCCUGGAAGCUCUUCUACACCCUGCAGACAGAAGCUGGGGCCCGCCUUUCGCUCACCGCCGCCCACCUGGUCUUUGUGUCUGAGGGGAAUUGCUCAGAGGGGGCGGUGCCAGCCCAUGGUGCCCUCAGGACUGUGUACGCCAGCGAGGCCCAGCCGGGACAGUGCGUGCUGGUGUCGGAGGGUGAAGCGGGACAGAAGCACAGCGAGGGGCGUCUGUCUCGGAUCACCCGGGUCAGUGUGAGGGAGAGCAGGGGGGCGUUUGCGCCACUGACCCAGCAGGGGACGGUGGUGGUGGAUGGGGUGGUGGCGUCCUGCUACGCGGUGGUGGAGCAGCACUCCCUGGCUCACUGGGCCUUCUCGCCGCUCCGGCUGGUUCACAGCUGGACCGGCUCCGCUGGGAGCCACAGUGACGGGAUCCACUGGUACUCACGGCUCUUACACUGGCUGGGGAGGAUGCUGCUGGACUCUGGACGCUUCCACCCGCUGGGCGUGGCUCAGGACGACAGGUGAGGAAGGAAGAACACUGGUGGACACUUAUAUCAAAAAACAAUCCUGAAAUACCCAAAUACAAGCCCGGAGAGCUUGCAGGACCGCAACCGACUGCCUGACGAGAUGGGCUCCUGCUGAGGCAUGAUGGGAGGAAGAAGAAGAAGCUGUGAACUGACACAGACAAAUUCUCCCAAAACCACAAACACAGACAGCAAAUAUAAGAGUCAAACGACUCAGAGAACAGCUGACGUUUCAAAGACUUUUGGUUGUAUCCUUAAAACUCUAUGAAACAAUAAUCCCUUAAAAUACCUUUAAUAAAUCCUUAAUCUUACCUGGAAAACACAGCAAACACUCACAGGAAACACCCUAAAAAAGAAUCAAGGGGUACAUUUUCCCAUUAAUUUACACAUUAGUUAUCAUCUUAAGGUGUUCUUAAGGUUGGGAUUGAAGUGAUUUAAUGGCUUUUCUUAAUGGAUUCAAGUGGGGGAAAAACAGGUACACAUGGCAUGAAAAGGCACAUUUAAGUUAUAAAUCAAUGGAUGGUUUCAUGUUAUUAAGUCAAUUUUAGUUUUUAUUUUGCCUCUUAAACCAUGCUUAAAAAUACCUUUAUAAUAUUAAUUAUCUCCAUAAUUGCAUCUUUAUAAGUGUUAGAGCACAUAGCACGAGAGCCAUUUGUAGGUUUUAUUCUUAAUAGAAAAAUAAAGAUACAUUUAGGGUUUUAACCCCUCAAAAAACCCUUAAUCUGUGCAGAAAACCCAUUAAAAUCCCUUAAUAUAAAGCAAUCCAUUAAUUUAAUAUGGGAUCUAAUACUGAGUAAAAAUCCCUUUUGCCUUAAUAACACCUUAAAAGGUUAAUUCAUUGAUUUGUCAAAUAUGUAAUGUGUAAAUUAAGGGGAAAUCUAUUAUAUCUAAUCCAUCUAUUAUUCUGUUCAAACUCUGGGGUAAUUAGUUUGAUUUCGAGGUAAAAUUUUGAAGGAUUUAGUUUCAUAGUCCACAGUGAUGUUUGUAUGUAACAUUAGAAUAAAUGAUAUAUAAAUGAGUGUAUUUAAGUGUUAUUUGUUUACAGAAAUCCAAUAAUGUUUAUGGAGUUAUUAUGGGUGAAGAGAUAUUAAAAAAAGAUUUAUUUUUGAAAUUAAAUUAUAUGGAAAUGA